UUUGUUCGGCCUUGCAGUGCAAUGUCUCAUCUCAACUGACGUCUUUGAAUUCGUCUUCGGCUCACGACGGUACAUUGAUGGUACGAAUACGACCAAGUCGUGGUCCAUCAGGCGUCAUUUGGCCAGGUUUUCGUCCUCGCAGAAGGCUUGCAAGUGCAAGACAGCAUCAUCAUGAGCUCUUCCUUGCCGGAUUUGGGGCCUUGCUACCCUCGAAGAAGCUCGCCGCAACUUGUGGUUGGCUCUGCCUCAAAAUCAGUUCGAACAAAGUUGCCGUAUCAGUCUGGACGAUCAAGCGAUCACCCUCCCCGGCAGGUUCGCACUCUUCGGAGGACUCCGAGAGGGACACGAGAGCCACCAUCAUGGUAGUCAAGCCAGCCCGAGGCGUAUCCGCGAUGGAUCUCGAAUCCAUCCCACCUCAUUCAGCACAGAUAAGCCGACAUUCCGGCCAUGGAGGUCCAUGUCGAACAACGACGUGUUCCAACCCAACCGCAAUCCAUCCAGCUCCACCCUACCUCGCGCCGCAAGUUUGAGGCCCAUCCAUCUCUCGACCUUUUGUUCGCGGUUCGGCCCCUUGAUCCAACAAAAUUCCCCACCUCGGAAACGUCGUGUUGGUCGUGCAUCAUGCGGCACAGCUCUUUUCGUCCCAAAGCUGCGACACGUCCCGUUCCCGCCCUCAGCUUCCCGGAGCUAGGGCUUCAUGCCGUCACUCUCGAGCGUCGGAGCGUUCUGGGUGAGCCCGUGGCGACCGCCAUUCCGUUUCGUCCCGUCCAGGUUCUUGGCUGGAGAACCAAACAAAGGCGAGGCCGUACUUGGUUCCCCAUUGGCGGCGCGGACAUUGGGUUCAUCCGUCGGACGGUAGAUAAUUCUUGUCGUGUUCGGAAGCAACGGUAUACUUCUUCGAGUCCGUUCGAAAAGUCAAUCAUCGCCAACUGUUUUUUUUGGGGCCAGUCGCUUGAGGUGCGGUAGUCUGACAUCCUGCGGAGCCCAUCGUUAUUCGUCGUUGUUUUCUUCUUCUUCCAGGUACAUUAAUGCCGGUCAUCUCUUCCAGCAACAGGUGUGGUUUAAUGUUCAGUUCUCGCCGAGCCCAUCUCUCACGACGAGCCCCCUUGGACGAUUGACAUCGCUCGAUAUGCGUUUCAGCGUGGCAAUCGCAGUCCUCUCCGGUCAUGCCCUGGCCGUACCGUACGCGCCCCAGCGGCUUCAACAACGACAAGGCAACGACUGCCCGCCCAUACACAUCUUUGGCGCGCGUGAGACGACGGCCCCGCCGGGCUUCGGGGCGGCAGCCGGAAUUGUGGAAGACCUUACGAGAGCAAACCGGGGUGCCACGAACGAGGCCAUCAACUACCCUGCUUGCGGGGGCGCGUCGGACUGCCUGGGCAUCAGCUACGCCGACUCGGUGAAGAAUGGGACAACGGCGGUUGCCAAGGCCGUGAACGACUUCAACAAGAAGUGCCCGCAGACGAAGAUUGUCAUGCUGGGGUUCUCGCAGGGCGCCCAAAUCAUAGACAACGCGUACUGCGGCGGCGGAGACACGAUCGAGGGCGUCAAGGACGUCAACGUGCUCAUCUCCAACGAGGCCUUGGGGGCCGUCAAGGUAGCCAUCUUCAUGGGCGAUCCUCGAUACGUUGCCGGGCUCCCCUACGAGGUCGGAACGUGCAAGACACAGGGGUUUGCACCACGGCCCAAAGGGUUUCAGUGUCCCAACGGCGACAAGAUCAAGUCGUUCUGCGACUCUGCCGACCCCUUCUGCUGCAACGGCAACGACCCGGUUGCUCACCUGCAAUACCCGAGCAUCUACGGCGACCAGAUUAAGCAGUUUGUUAGCGACAAGUUGAAAUAGACGCACGACAGGAACGAUCCGAGAUGAGCUAUCGAGACCCAGGAAAGGGGAGGGAAAUAUAGGUUAUGGACCUACAACUCAGCUCGCACUCGGAGACAAGUGUAGUCGAGAGGGAAACCCCGAGGGGGCCGCGCGGUCUCGGGAUAUAAUAGAUGGCCUUCGAAACCGAUAGUCAUUGUGCAUUCUUCUUCUUCUUCUUCUUCUUCUUCUUCUUCUUUCUACCACGGAUCCCUCCACUUUUCGUACGUAGGAGGAGUUCGGUCAAGGAGUACAUAUGAAUCCAUAAUCAGAGCGGCCCAGAGACGACGCUCAGACACGGCCGAGGUUUGGGUAGAAACCUAAGCAUGGACUUGAAAUAAUACUGCCCGUUU